AUUGGAGCUGCAUUCGAGUUGUCUUCAUGUUUCACAAGCGCAGUUUUUAAGCAAUGUCAACAUGCAAAGGAGUUAGGCAAUGAUUAGGACAUCUGGCAUCUGGGGCUAUUCUAAUGGCCAUUACUCUACCAUCACUGAAUCCUAAAUGGAGAGAUAUGGUCUGCAGGUUAUUGGUGUUUGAUCAAAGUGAAAUGGAGCUCGGUAAUUAAGAAGGGAAUAAUUCAGUCCUGGUUGACAGAUCAACUCUUGCUGUAUGUCUAAUUGUCCAAUCUGAUGAUUUUUACACACUGACAAUCUUCAUUUGACGAAUCCAUCAGGAACAAAAGCUGGAACACAAUACAGUAGAUUACGGCUACAAGCCUACAAUGACUGCAUGAUUCAUGCCGAUUAUGUGACAGAACAAGCCGGUGUAUGUGUUAGCAGAAAAUUAGAUUGCACUUUUAAACAUUUUGAACAACUGGAUGGCUUUUAGCCAAAUCGUUUUCAUCUGAAAUUUUUCGAACGACUUGGAUGUCAAAGGUGAAGCAGUAUCAUUUGUGAAUGAUAUAGAAUACUAACGAUCACUUUCUCCUACUUACAGUUCAAAGUAACAAUCUUUUACUCAGCAUUUUGGGAAGAAUCUCUACGGCCGGUAUUCUACCAUAAAUCACAAUGGUUGAAGUUUUGUUUCAUUCCUUGACUGGUGGAUUUAAAAUCCCAAUAUUAUUUGUUUCUAUCAUUCUCAUGAAUCUAUAUGGAUGUAAAUCCACACAAUUAUCUAAAAUACAAGGGCAAGAAGCUAACUUGAUUUUCCCAUACCCAUGUGACAGUACAGAAGUCACUUUAUUACAUCAUUUAAGCACAGCCCCAUUUUAUCGCUCGACAGACGGGUCAGCGCUAUCAUUGCCUCCAUUUCAGGUCAAUAGAUUCCAUGUGCAAAAUAGAAUCAAAAAUAGAAACUGCUCUCUGGAUCUUACAAUAACUAAUCUAAUGAGAAUUGAUGCAGGGAAAUACAUCUCAUUGGUUUACAAGGAUGGGAAGUCAAUUGUUGAUCACACAACAAGAGUCGAACUGCAAAUAGACUAUCCUCCUGGUAAGGCAUCAUGUGAUGUGAGUGAAGGAAAGGGUGGAGACUGGGUUUCAAUAGACUGUACAGCUAAUGUUGGUAGUCUAUCAGGAAAGAUUGAAUGCUAUCAGGAUGGUGUAUGGAUGCCUUCCCUAACUGACCCCAGUGAAACUGUCACUUUAUUAACACAGACCAUUCUCAUCAGAAAAUCUCUGCCAGUAUUUUGUUGUUCUUCUUUUUUGGAUGAAAAGAAAGAAAGAUGUGAAUGUAAGGAUACUGGUCUGUUUAUAACUGAUGAUGAUAGCAAUGACCCUUGCCCUCCUUUAGAAAUUACAACAAUGCCUCUUCCUACCACUCUCACAGAAAACAAUCAAAGUGAUUACUAUUCCAAUAUGACGUCCUCCAUUCCAAUUAAUAUGGAAACAUGCAACUUUGAUAGCAUUCAGUUUAUAAUUUCCAUUACUAUUGAAUCUAUAGUGCUAAUCUUGGUUUUUGUUAUGGUGUAUAAAAUGAUAAAAAGGGUGAGAAAUACUGAAUUAAUAAAAUAUGCUCCUCUUACUUUGUGUUGUUGGCCCAUAUCUUCCAAUAACAAAAAAGAUUUGAAUGACACAGUUUUUAGUUUAUCACAGGUUUAAUAGUUUAAUUUCAAGAUACAAUACUUGCUUUACAAAUUUCUCACCGGACUAUUUACCUUUUUUAAUUUUAAUUUUUAAUUUUUCCAUUUUCUCUAAUGGAUUAACUGAUGUACAGUCUAGUCAAAGUGGAUAGGUAUCCAUUAUCCAAACCACCAGAGCGACUGCAAAUGUGAUGCCCACGGUUAGCUGAAUGCUAAAUGUAGAUACAAUCUGCAGGUUAUCGCUGUUUUAUCAAAUUGAAAUCAAGCCGGAUGAUUAAGAAGACUAUUCAGUCCUGAUGAAUUUUACAAGCUAAGAAUAUAUCGUUUAUGAAUCCAUCAGAAACAAAAGCUGGAAUACAAUACAGUACAUCACGGCUACAAUUACUGCCGAACUCAUGCCUGUGUAUGUCUAGUGUGUUAGAGAACCAGCCGAUGUAUGAAUUUUAGCUAAAUAAUUGAUUGCAUUUACGCUUGCAUUUUGAAUAACUGGCUGGCUUUUGGCCACACCAUUUCCAUCUGGAAAUUUUUUAUUGAGUUGGAAGUCAAAGGUGUAACAUAUUACUGUUUAUGAAAUAUAUGUAGACAGGGAUCACUUUAUCCUCUUUGCAGUUACUGAAAAACCUCUGUAUUUGGGGCAAAAAUCUGAACCUAACCGUAAUUCAAAAUGCAACAAGUUUUAUUUCAUCCUUGAAUGGUGGAUUUCAAAUCCCAAUAUUAUUAAAGAUAAAGGUGAUUUCUGGUCAUGCGAUUGCAUUGUUAAAGAA